AAUGUCCGGCAUCUAUCGCACUCAGUGGGACCGUUCGGCGACAGGUAGCCCCAGUGAUAUCGCAUAUCGGACUGCGAUAUCUUUCGAUAAGCGGUCACACUGCGGACUACCAACUCGUCGACUACAUAUAUCGUCUGUACCGCGAGCGGGGGCAGGGAGGAGAGCGAUCGCCUUAGCCAACUGAGGAUUCUGCAUUUGCGAGAGAGCCAGAGACAAAACAGUAACACAGUACCACAGUUGCUCAAAGCGAGCAAUUGGCAUUGCAGGGCCCUGAUAGCCGUAUCCGUAAUUUAGUCAUAGUGAAGCCCCGGACGAGGAGCCCAUACCUGGGCAGUGAAAUAUUUAAGAGCCACUUCCAGGAACGCUGCGUAUAAACGGUUUCCGAGAACUGGCCACCAAUACAGAGCCAACAAGUGCCAACGGCCAACAGCAAGGUGCUCGCGUGUGUGUGAGAGAGCGGCGUGUCGGUGUGCGCGUGUGUGAGAGCGAGAGAGUGACAGAAAGAUAGGAAAAGAGCAAAAGACAGAGAGACAGAGUGUGAGAGAGGGAGAGAGAGCCAUCAAAAUAGAGUAAACUUUAACAGCAGCGGCUGGAGGGGAUUAGGAUUAGGAUUAGGAUUGGGAGCAGAACCAGGACCAGGAAGAUGGUGGCCCAGGAGCAGCUCGUCCUGCUGCUCAUGCUGCUCGCCGGCUGCCGGGGUGGCGCCAACGCCAUCUUGGACCCUGGCUGGGUGAUUCCCUCCAAGGUGGAGCAGCUCAUCGGCGGCGACUUUAAUCUGAGCUGCACCCUCAACGAAGACUACUUUAAUGGCAAGAGCGCCGAGGACUGCCCCGUGGAGAAGCUGUACUUUACGGGCGGCGGUCGCGUCUACCGCGAUUCCAAGCACAUCCGGAUCCUGAACAACACCACCAUCCUGUUUAGCGACACGAAUGCCGUGGAGCAGGAGAACGACUACCACUGCAUGUGCGACGAGUAUGUGAUCAACAAGUCAAAGGUCUACGUGGGCACCAGGCCGCUCCUGGUGCGCGACUUCAACUGCCUGGACUACGACUUCCAGUUUAUGGUGUGCAACUUCACCCAGCCGCCCAACACGGUCAUCACCAAGUAUAACAUCAGCUACAACACCAACAACGACUGGCGAUAUAGCAACACCCUGGACUGCAACUUUGACUCGGCUCCAGUGGUGACCUGCAACCUGACCGACGACAACUACAAGCGCUUCAGCGAGACCUUCUACUUCCGACUGUCCAUCUCCAAUGCCCUGGGCCACGAGACGCAGCCGAUCACGAUCAAUCACUUUGAGCGUCUGGUGCCGGCACGACCUGGCCAGAACCUGACCCUGCUCAACAGGACCGAGAGCUCCGUGUGCCUGUCGUGGGAGAUGCCCCGUCGGUCCAACUACAAUCGCGGCCUGGUGUGGCAGGUGCGCGUCACGCCGCAAAACUUUGAGUCCAUCACGCGGCCCAGCUGGCGCAACCACACGCUGACCAUCAAGGACACGCUCUGCCUCACGGAACUGCCCUUCGCCGGCUACAACUACACGCUGCGGGUGCGCGUGCGCGCCAACCAAAACAACACGCUCUGGAGCGAGCCCAUGAUUUAUGCGUUUGCCACCGCUCCGGCGCCGCCGCGCCGCCCGCCCCGCGUCACCUAUGGCAGCUUCUAUGUCUACUCGUCGGAGAAGGCCAUGCGCUUCUACUGGGAGCCCCUGGAGGAGCACGAGCUGAACGGGCCGGACUUUCGGUACUCCAUCAGCGAGUACCGCAUCAACGGAACAGCAGUGGAUCCUGGCCUCAUCAAGGUGGAGUCCAACUCGGCGAUGAUCGAUCACUGGAGCAUGAGCGCCGUCCAUCACUUCCUCAUCCGCAGCAGCAACAGCCAGGGUCUGUCCGUGAACGCCACUCCGAUGACGAUCGGCCCCAUUAGCAAUCGGGACUUCAAGGUGCGCGAGCCCAGGAACAUACGCAGCGUCUAUCACCCGACCAACAAGAGCUACACGCUCAGCUGGGAUCCGCCGAGCGAUCAGCUGGAGCUGCAGAACUACACCGUUUUCUGGUGCGUGCCCAAGCCGGGCCUGCAGUCGGAGUGCGAGGGUUCGAUACGCUUCGCGGAGGUGGCCAGCGGUCUGCAUCACUUCACCACGUCACCGGACCAACUGCUCACCCUGCAUAUGGCCGUGUCGGCCAACUACCAAUCGCACAAUACGGGCCUACACUGGGCGAUCUGCAGCAGCGACAAGAAGGACGAUCUGGCCAAGAUGGAGCCUUCGAUCGAUGUGGCCACGAGCACCUCGCUAACGGUCAGCUGGUCGGAGCGCGUCUGCGCAGUGAUCCUGGCCGGCUACAAUCUGACCUACUGCCAGCGCUCGGCCGGCCGUCCGGACAAUUGCACAACGGUGACCAUCGACCGCUAUACGAACAAGCACGUCAUCCAGAAUCUGGUGCCCUACACGGACUACAGCGUCAAGAUGCUCAUGUAUUCGGACUCGCGGGUCAGCAAGUACAGCGACGAGCUGGUCAACCGGACCGGAGAGGCGGCGCCUAGCCAGCCGCGCGAGCUGCAGCUAGUCCGGGUGACCAGCGACAACGUGGAGCUGGCCUGGAAGCCACCGCUGCUGGCCAACGGCGUGGUGCGCGCCUACGAGGGAACCUUCCGCUCGCUACACGACAACGUGACCGAGACAUUCCGCGUGAGCGCCUCCGCCGACGAGCUGGUGAACAACGAGAAGCCCAUUACUUAUCGGCUGGGCAAUCUCACCGCGUUCACCCAGUACGAGAUUAGCGUGCGUGCGCGGACCGUCUAUCCCUCGGAGCCCAGCAAUGGGAUCCUCUUCAGCACGGCCAUCGGAGUUCCCUCGCCGCCAAAACUGUACGUGAUCAACAAUCCGGACCAGAGCUCACGUCUCGACUGGGAACCGCCAAGGACGCCGGCCGGACGCAUUGAUUUCUACGAGAUCUCGCUGCGCGACAACAACGCUAGCUGCCUGACAAGUACCAUCCUGCCGGGCAGGAACCUAUCCUAUGUAAUGGCCACGCCGCGCUGCACCAGCCACAAUCCCUUCCAGCUGGCGGUGCGUGCCAUCAACGUGGAGCAGCAUCCGCAGCUGGACGGAGCGGAUGCAGCGGAAGGUGCCGUUCUGCUUAUGUCGACCACCGGCCAGGGAUGUGAGGCACGCACCGAUGCGCUCGGCGAAGAGGAGCGGCUGCACUUUGAGGCCUACGCUGCCAACAUGACCGCCUACCGGCUUUACAGAUCCGACUGGGGCAUAUACGGGUUCAUCUGCACACCGGACACGCACAGCGUGAAGGCCAUGUACCAGACAAUCGAGGUGACCGUGGCGAUUCUCGUGCUGGGCGUCAUCUUCUAUCUCGUUUACAAGAAAUACCGCAAGAUGUCCGAUAUCGAUCUAGUGCUGCCGCAGGGAAUCAUGGAGACCCUGAAGAAGCCCAUAGACAUGGGUGGCCUGGGACUGGGCCUCGGUCCAGACUCGUCCGUCAGCGGAGGCAUCGUGUGCACACGGGUGGACGACUCGCCGCCAUACACGCCCCAGGAUCUGCCGCACGACUUCAGCAGCUGCGGCAGUGAGAGCUCCAAGCUUCUGCUGCGCACAGCAUCCUCCUCUGGUGGCGGCGGCUGCGUGGAUCGCGAUGCAUACGAUGACAAUCACGAGACAGGGCCAAUUAGCGCAGUUGGUCCGCCCACCAGCUACCUGGCCAUGCGGCACGGCCUUCUCGUCCAGAACGACAGGGAGCGGGAUCGUGAGCACGAGAGGGAGCGGGAGCAGCAACAGCAGCGCGAGAGCGAAAUGGAUCCGGAGCAGAGUUGCACCAAUGGUUACAUCAAGCCCACGCAGAUGAAGAGCUGGGGCGGCAACGGUCCCUCGGAUAUGGGUCACGCGUUCUCAGUUCCUUCGACUGCAAUGCCCGCUCCGAUGUCCCAGCCGCUGUCCCAGAUUCCGCUCAGCGGCUACGUGCCCGUUCCCAUUCCACAAUCUCGGUUCAAUCCGGCUCCAGUUCAACCCUUUGGGUCGCCAGCAGUACCUUCCGCCGACACCGCAGCCGCUGCGUCGACCUUUUUCCCACCGGCCCACUUGCUCAACAUGGACAACUACGUUCAGGCCUCGGAUCUGCACAAGCUUAAGCCGCUCGUCGCAGCUCCGGCGUCGCAAGCCGGAGGACCAGCCUUUGCGGGAUCUUCGCCAGCAGCUUCGCCACCGCUACAGCUACCGCCGGUUCACGCCGCCAGUCCAUCUGCCCCCACGCCCAAAAUGGCUGACAUCGGCUACACCACCAUGGAGCAGUUGCAGCUCACUGGGCUGAUGAAGCCGCCUUUGGCCGCCACCGUGGGAUCGCCGACGCACGCCGCUGGUGGGGCGCCGGGAGGCGGCAACCAGCACUCUCGCCUCCAGCCGCAGAUCAAUGGCUACGUGACGCCGCAGGAUCUGAACGCCCUGGCUCACAAUCGGCACGUCCUCUAAAGUUACUGGAGCGCUCAUCAUUUAUGCACGGAUGUGCAUCAUUUUAUCGUUUCCUCGCGUUCGCAUCGCGAUCACUCAUCAACUCAUCUUCAGCCGCAUAUCCUUCCAACGCCAUGAUCUGGUCACCGGAUCGCCCCAGCAACCAAAAUCCAGGACGAGGAGCCCAGAACCUGGAAACUGGAACCUGGAAACUAGAACCACUGUCGGGCAGCUGUUUAUAGAAAUUAGUGAAAACUCCUCGGACGAAUGUAGUUUUUCGUUUGUAAUUUAUUUUGUAUUCUUUGCGAUGCGUGUGAGGCAGAAAGUAUUUGUAGCGCAAUAGUAUUUUUUUAUAUAUUCGUACUGUACACUUACUUACCCACUUAACCAUCCACGCGUCGAGCGGAUCGAGCUUAUACUAUUAAUACCCUAUUUACACAAUACGCACAUCGCUGUAUUUCAAUAUAAAGUUAAUUUUAAAUAAGGUUUCAA